AUGGUGACACCAGUGCUCGAGACCAAUAAGAUAAGGGGAUUCUGGAGCCUGCGCAGGCUGCCAUCCAUGGGUGCCCGUGGCCAAGGCGUGAAGAAGCCGAUCGUCAAGAUCGAGAAGAACGUGUGGGAUGCCCUGGAAUGGGACGCCGACCACCACCACGACCACUUCGAGGCGCCGGUCCACUCGCGCUACUACGAGAAGCUGCCCAGAGUCUCUGUUCUGAGAAAAGAAAAGGAAAAGCAAAAGUGUAAAGAAGCAGAAGCUUGGCCCUUCAGUCUUCUCAAGCUGCUCUUGUCCGCUGUCCAGGUACGUACCUAUGAUUACCACCCUCCCUUGGUUUCCUUUCUUCGUGACCUCUAA